UGACUCUUGUGCAGCUGUAUUUCAUUUUGUCAGCCCAUUGAAGCUCUCAGUGAGAUUGGGCAGCUUUUAUUAUCUGAGGCUCCUCACUCUCAUAUGACUAUAACAGUUGAUAGAUUUUUAGAUAGGCUUACAGUAAACUUGAGAGAAAAGAUAAAGUGAUGUACAAGAGAACUUAUAUUUAUCAAUAAAAUUACAAAUUUGUGAAAUCACACUACAUAGGUUUCUGUACUGUUUGGUCUGUACAGUUGCUGCUCUUGAACUCUAAAUUCCUUUUAAAAACAACACUUAAAUUUGUGGAGUCUAAUUUCUUACAAUCGCGGGCCUAGUUACCCAAACUAGUAUAUAUUCAUGUAAUGAAAUGUCACGGAGCUUUAAAAACAAUGCUGAAACAGACCCUAACGUGGAACACCUGUAGGAUAUGCUGAGUGAAAAAAAAGUAAGGUGUAAAACUGGGAAUUUUGUUUAAGAAGAUAGGAAGAAUAAGACUGUUCUUCAGUUAAGUGUAUUUACGUAAAGAAUUGCUAGAAGGACAUAGAAAAAACUAACAAAAGUGGUGACCAAUAGCAAUCAAGGGCAAUGUGAGCUGCAUGUGGGUGACAUAGGAAUGAGACUAUUAAAAUAUGUGUUCCUUUUACAUCAUUUUUCAAUUUUGAUAAAAUAUUUUGAUGUCAGUGUAUGCAAAAGAUGUAAACUAAAAAUAAUAAACACACCUGUGGAUCUUAAAAGAUAAUAGGAAAAUCUGAAAAAUACUUCAGAGAUGAUAAAAUGUUGGCCUAUGAAAUAAAAAUUGUGUAUGAGAUACCUUUAUUUUAUGCAAAUCAGAUUUUAUAAAUGAAAAGACCACAUACAGAACAUGGAAAAUUGCAAAGAGCAAGGUUUUAUGAAUUUAUGAAUCUGGCUCCAGGUGAAUAAAUAUUUAAGAAGGGUGUCUUUCUAGCAUGGUUAGAGAGGUUUUGGUUCUUGACUCAGUAGUGGAAUGGAUGAUGCCUUAAAACAGAAAGGAGCAAUGUGUAUAGGCAACAACCAUAACAGAAAGAAAGACACAGUACUCAGAGUAGACUGGGCAACCAUUUCUUACUCAUGAAAUCACUUGGCAUGUCCUGGGAAACUGGUAAAAUGUAUCUUAACUGUUGUUGGGACAAAUUGGAGAUGAGAAUACCAAAGAAUAUUCUUACCACAAAUUAAAACAAAUAAGGAAACAACAAUUACAUUACUGCAACAGAUUAUAGCCCAGAAGUCAGCCUUAUUUUAGAAAAACAAAUGAAAUAUGUGGGAAAAAAACCCCUUAUAAACCAAAGGAUGGUGAGAAUUACUGAAUGUUGUCAGGAAAACUUGUUGGCAAUUCAGAAAACAGUUUAGAGUCAAAUCUCAUUUCAUACAUCUUUUGGAAUGAAGUAUUGAAACAAUUAGCCUAUAGACAAGGUAAAAAUCAGAGUAUUUAUCUGCUAUCAUUGAAGGAGGAGAAAUUUCUAAGCAGAGAAAUAAUAAACAGAGAAGGCAGUGGUAGACAAAUCUGGCCACCUAAAAAUAAAAACUUUUAUAUUAAAAACUAGCAAUUGAAAAAAUGUUCAAAGUAAAUGAAAGAAAUAGUGUUUUCAUAAUAAUAACAACCUACACAAACAGUUAAGGAAAACAUGAAGAAACCGCUUUCCCAUCCCGCCUCCCAUAGGACCGGAAGAGGAAGUGUACCAAAAGUUUGGAAGGAAAGGCAGUGUGAAUAAUGGGGGAAGGACCUGAUUAACGAUAUGUAAAAGGCUCACUGGAUAGCAUUCAUUGUUUAAAAUUGGAGACUUUAGGGACACCUGGGUGGCUCAGUCAGUUAAGCCUCUGACUUUCUGCUCAGGUCAUGAUCUUGCAGUCUGAGUUCAAGCCCGUGUCGGGUUCUGUGCUGACAGCUCCAAGCCUGGAGCCUCCUUCGGAUUCUGUGUCUCCCUCUCUCUCUGCACCUCUCCCACUCAUUCUCUCUCUCUCUCUCUCUCUCUCUCUCUCAAAAAUAAAUAAACAUUAAAGAAAAUUAAAGUAUAUAUAAAAUUGAAGACUUUAAUGUUAAUAGCAGGAUCAGUCCACAUGGUUGUGGGUUUUCUCUCUAGCAGGUGAUUAUAUCGAACCAGCAUUAGGAAUUUGAGGGUGGUGAAGUGGAAGGAAGAAAGUAACAUACUCAGUAGAUGGAUAGCUUGGGUGACAGUCAAGAUUUUGAGACUGGUAAUAACACAGUAACUACCUGGAGAAAUGAGAGCAGUAGAGCCCAUCUAAGGGAUCAAGUCUGGACCUAGGUUACGAAUGAUAGAUUGGGAUAUUGAAUGACAAAGAGAAGAGAGUAGGAAGCCAGAUGGCUUGAGCUUGAAGGCAGGAAUGGGAUUGCUUGUGAGUUUGGGUCUGGAAAUAUCACUGUGGGGAAGGUUGAUCCCUACUUUGUUAGCCUUCACUGUAGAGGGCUCUUCUCAAGAGCCAGAUUUAGCCCAGAGGUUGAAAGCAGUGUUCACUGAUAGGUUGAGGAUGUAGAGGUGAUUUGUUUCACUAUGUAAAAGAGUUUCCAUAGGUUCCCUGGGGAAAAGGUUAAAAGGAAGGGCAGUGGUGGGGGAACACAUGGGGUGGGUGAGAAAGCACAGAGAAGACUGGGGUGUGAAAAUAGGGGAGAGGGUAAUUGGCCAGAAUGGUUUGUGUUUUGAAUAAAGCCCAGGGAUUAUGGGUGGAAGCCAUAGGUAGAAUUAACUGGCACAGUUCCUGAAUUGACCUGUGAUAUAGUGAUCAUCUCUGGACCUAAUCCACUGUCUUUAAGUAAUGAAAGCCAGCAGGUUUCACAUUUCUUAUGCAUCCUCUGAUAAUCUGCAAAGCCCCCCACCGUUAGGAAUUAGCUUUGAGAUAAAAAUGGGAAGAUGUAAUACUAUCAUUAGUUUAGAAAAAAUCAAGUUUGUCAUGUCCCAGUGACAGUGAUCCGGUAAGGAGCCAUUGCAUUGAGGUAUCUUCUGCGAGGAAUCCCAUUCCCUCCUACUGUUCCACUUUACCUAAAACUGGGUGCUGAAGCCACUGCUGCUGGGGUAACGUCAGCAAUUCUGAUGAGAGUAAGCUAAUAGUUGAGGGUCGCGGUCUCCUCGGAAUACUGAUGCAAAGCCCAGUUUGCUACAUAUCUUCAUUGGGGAUCUGAACCUUUUUAAAGCUAGUAACUAAUGAUCUCUUAUUAAUUAAUUAAUUAUUGAGCUUUUAAUCUUUAAUUUCAAUUUUUAAAAUCUGUAGUAGGGACAAGGAUGAGAAUUGGCAUUUCUUGAAUAAAGCGUCUGUGUAAGAAUUUUCGUGUGCUUACAGGGAAACAAUGAUAUGUAAUAGAAUCUAAAUCUGUAAUGUUUUCAGUAGACUAAGUGUAUCUUCUUUCUUCUACUGUAGAUCUGUCCUUAUUAGUGGAAAUGUAACUGGAACCGACUCUGAUGAUAAAAUCAAGGACCAUCAGCAAGAUCAUGCAGUAGAAAAUUUUGGUUCCAAAUGAAGACCCCAACAUUUAGAAUUUCUACUUUUUCUAAGUUUGCAUAAUUGGCCUUAAAUGAGGUGAGAGUGAAGAAACUAGAGCCAUCUCUGGAUACAUCGCUACCCCACUUCCCUGUAAGCUACCCUCCGGAGUGCUAGAUUUGACCAUAUCUGUUUUGAGGACUCAUUAUGAACAAAGAAGUCUCCCAGGUGUGAAGUUUUUCAACAUGAGUGGCCUCGGGGACAGUUCAUCCGACCCUGCUAACCCAGACUCACAUAAGAGGAAAGGAUCGCCAUGUGACACACUGGCAUCAAGCACUGAAAAGAGGCGCAGGGAACAAGAAAACAAAUAUUUAGAAGAACUAGCUGAGUUACUGUCUGCCAACAUCAGUGACAUUGACAGUUUGAGUGUAAAGCCAGACAAAUGCAAGAUUUUGAAGAAGACAGUCGAUCAGAUACAGCUAAUGAAGAGAAUGGAACAAGAGAAAUCAACAACUGAUGAUGAAGUGCAGAAAUCAGACAUCUCAUCGAGCAGUCAAGGAGUGAUAGAAAAGGAAUCCUUGGGACCUCUUCUGUUGGAGGCUUUGGAUGGAUUUUUCUUUGUUGUGAACUGUGAAGGGAGAAUUGUAUUUGUGUCGGAGAAUGUGACCAGCUACUUGGGUUACAAUCAGGAGGAAUUAAUGAAUACCAGUGUCUACAGCAUACUGCAUGUAGGGGAUCAUGCAGAAUUUGUGAAGAAUCUGCUACCAAAAUCACUAGUAAAUGGAGUUCCUUGGCCUCAAGAGGCAACACGACGAAAUAGCCAUACCUUUAACUGCAGGAUGCUAAUUCACCCUCCAGAUGAGCCAGGCACCGAGAACCAAGAAGCUUGCCAGCGGUAUGAAGUAAUGCAGUGUUUUACUGUGUCACAGCCAAAAUCAAUUCAAGAGGAUGGAGAAGAUUUCCAGUCAUGUUUGAUUUGUAUUGCACGGCGAUUACCUCGGCCUCCAGCUAUUACCGGUGUAGAAUCCUUUAUGACCAAGCAAGAUACUACAGGCAAAAUCAUCUCUAUUGAUACCAGUUCCCUGAGAGCUGCUGGCAGAACUGGCUGGGAAGAUUUAGUGAGGAAGUGCAUUUAUGCUUUUUUCCAACCUCAGGGCAGAGAACCAUCUUAUGCCAGACAACUGUUUCAAGAAGUGAUGACCCGUGGCACUGCGUCCAGCCCAUCCUAUAGAUUCAUAUUGAAUGAUGGGACAAUGCUUAGCGCCCACACCAAGUGUAAGCUUUGCUACCCUCAAAGUCCAGACAUGCAACCUUUCAUCAUGGGAAUUCAUAUCAUCGACAGGGAACACAGUGGUCUUUCUCCUCAAGAUGACACUAAUUCUGGAAUGUCAAUUUCCCGAGUAAACCCGUCCGUCAAUUCUAGUAUCUCUCCGGCUCAUGGUGUGGCUCGUUCAUCCACAUUGCCACCAUCCAGCAACAACAUGGUAUCCCCCAGAGUAAACCGCCAACAGAGCUCAGACCUCCAUAGCAGCAGUCAUAGUAACUCUAGCAACAGCCAAGGGAGUUUUGGAUGCUCACCUGGAAAUCAGAUUGUAGCCAGUGUUGCCUUAAACCAGGGACAGGCCAGUUCCCAGAGCACUAACCCCUCCUUAAACCUCAAUAAUUCUCCUAUGGAAGGUACAGGAAUAUCUCUCGCACAGUUCAUGUCUCCAAGGAGACAAGUUAGUUCUGGAUUGGCAACAAGGCCCAGGAUGCCAAACAAUUCGUUUCCUCCUAAUAUUCCAACAUUAAGCUCUCCCGUUGGCAUGACAGGUAGUACCUGUAAUAAUAGUAACCGAUCGUAUUCAAACAUCCCAGUAGCAUCUUUACAGAGUAUGAAUGAAGGACCCAAUAACUCCGUUGGCUUCUCUGCCAGUUCUCCAGUCCUCAGGCAGAUGAGCUCACAGAAUUCACCUAGCAGAUUAAAUAUACAGCCCACAAAAGCUGAGUCCAAAGAUAACAAAGAGAUUGCAUCCAUUUUAAAUGAAAUGAUUCAGUCCGACAACAGCUCUAGUGAUGGCAAACCUCUGGAUUCCGGGCUUCUGCAUAACAAUGACAGACUCUCAGAUGGAGACAAUAAAUACUCCCAAACCAGUCACAAACUAGUGCAGCUUCUGACAACAACAGCAGAGCAGCAGUUACGGCAUGCCGAUAUAGACACAAGUUGCAAAGAGGUACUGUCUUGCUCAGGCACUUCCGGCUCGGCCUCUGCUAACUCUUCGAGCGGCUCUUGCCCCUCCUCUCAUAGCUCACUGACAGAGCGGCACAAGAUUCUGCACAGGCUCUUACAGGAGGGCAGCCCCUCGGAUAUCACCACUUUAUCUGUCGAGCCUGAUAAAAAGGACAGUGCGUCUACUUCUGUGUCAGUGACUGGACAGGUACAAGGGAACUCGAGCGUAAAACUAGAACUGGAUGCUUCAAAGAAAAAAGAAUCAAAAGACCAUCAGCUCCUACGAUAUCUUUUAGAUAAAGAUGAGAAAGAUAUAAGAUCAACUCCAAACCUGAGCCUGGAUGAUGUGAAGGUGAAAGUGGAAAAGAAAGAACAGAUGGAUCCUUGUAACACAAACCCAACCCCAAUGACCAAACCUGCUCCUGAGGAAAUUAAACUGGAGUCCCAGAGCCAGUUUACAGCUGACCUUGACCAGUUUGAUCAGUUACUACCCACACUGGAGAAGGCAGCCCAGUUGCCAGGCCUGUGUGAGCCGGAGAGGAUGGAUGGUGCGGUCACCAAUGUAACGAUCAAAUCAGAGACCCUGCCAGCUUCGCUUCAGUCCACCACUGCCAGACCCACUUCCAGGCUGAAUAGAUUACCGGAGCUGGAAUUGGAAGCAAUUGAUAACCAGUUUGGACAGCCAGGAACAGGUGAUCAGAUUCCAUGGGCAAAUAAUACAGUGACUACCGUAAAUCAGAAUAAACCAGAAGACCAGUGUAUUAGUUCACAAUUAGAUGAGCUUCUCUGUCCACCAACAACAGUAGAAGGAAGAAAUGAUGAGAAGGCUCUUCUUGAACAGCUGGUGUCCUUCCUCAGCGGCAAAGAUGAAACGGAGCUAGCUGAACUAGAUAGAGCUCUGGGGAUUGACAAACUUGUCCAGGGAGGUGGAUUAGAUGUGUUAUCAGAGAGAUUUCCACCACAACAAGCAACACCACCUUUGAUGAUGGACGAAAGACCCAACCUUUAUUCCCAGCCUUAUUCUUCUCCUUCACCUACUGCCAAUCUCUCCAGCCCUUUCCAAGGCAUGGUCAGGCAAAAACCUUCACUGGGGACUAUGCCUGUUCAAGUAACACCUCCCCGAGGCGCUUUUUCACCCAGCAUGGGCAUGCAGCCCAGACAGACUCUGAACAGACCUCCCGCUGCCCCCAACCAGCUGCGGCUUCAGCUUCAGCAGCGCUUGCAGGGACAGCAGCAGUUGAUACACCAAAAUCGGCAAGCUAUCUUAAACCAGUUUGCAGCAAACACUCCCGUUGGCAUCAAUAUGAGAUCAGGCAUGCAGCAGCAGAUUACACCUCAGCCACCCCUGAACGCCCAAAUGUUGGCACAGCGCCAGCGGGAGUUGUACAGCCAACAGCACCGACAGAGGCAGCUAAUACAGCAGCAAAGAGCCAUGCUCAUGAGGCAACAAAGCUUUGGGAACAACCUCCCUCCCUCAUCUGGACUGCCAGUUCAAAUGGGGAACCCCCGUCUUCCUCAGGGUGCUCCGCAGCAAUUUCCCUACCCACCAAACUAUGGUACAAAUCCAGGAACCCCACCUGCUUCUACCAGCCCGUUUUCACAACUGGCAGCAAAUCCCGAGUCAACCUUGGCCAACCGCAACAGUAUGGUGAACAGAGGCAUGACAGGAAACAUGGGGGGACAGUUUGGCACUGGAAUCAAUCCUCAGAUGCAGCAGAAUGUCUUCCAGUAUCCAGGAUCAGGAAUGGUUCCCCAAGGUGAGGCCAGCUUUGCUCCAUCUCUAAGCCCUGGGAGCUCCAUGGUGCCGAUGCCAAUCCCUCCUCCUCAGAGCUCUCUGCUCCAGCAGACUCCACCCACUUCUGGGUACCAGUCACCAGACAUGAAGGCCUGGCAGCAAGGAGCAAUGGGAAACAACAACGUGUUCAGUCAAGCUGUCCAGAGCCAGCCCACGCCUGCGCAGCCCGGAGUGUACAACAAUAUGAGCAUCACCGUGUCCAUGGCAGGUGGAAACACAAAUGUUCAGAGCAUGAACCCGAUGAUGGGCCAGAUGCAGAUGAGCUCUUUGCAGAUGCCAGGAAUGAACACUGUGUGCCCUGAGCAGAUAAAUGAUCCAGCACUGAGACACACAGGCCUCUACUGCAACCAGCUCUCAUCCACUGACCUUCUCAAAACAGAAACAGAUGGAACCCAGCAGGUGCAACAGGUUCAGGUGUUUGCUGACGUCCAAUGUACAGUGAAUCUGGUAGGCGGGGACCCUUACCUGAACCAGCCUGGUCCACUGGGAACUCAAAAACCCACGGCAGGACCACAGACCCCCCAGGCCCAGCAGAAGAGCCUCCUUCAGCAGCUACUGACUGAAUAACCACUUUUAAAGGAAUGUGAAAUUUAAAUAAUAGACAUACAGAGAUAUACAAAUAUAUUAUAUAUUUUUCUGAGAUUUUUGAUAUCUCAAUCUGCAGCCAUUCUUCAGGUCGUAGCAUUUGGAGCAAAAAAAAAAACCCACAAAAAAAACAAAAAAAAACAACAAAGGAAUUCACUUUUGUUGGAAGAUUGAGAGGUGUUUUUGUUUCUUUCUUUGUAAAGGCCUUGGAUAUUGAAAAAAAAAAAUAACAAGGCAGAACAGUUGGACAAUCUAUUUCUUGAGCCAAAUUUAAUUAUUCUUAUUUUUGUAAUCAGUCAUUGGCUUCUUAUCUGGAUGAAGGCUUUUGGAGGAGAACCAAAACGACGAGUUCCAAGGGGAAGAUGAAGCCCCGCCCCUGCUGGCUCAGUCCUGACCCUGACGAGGAAGAAGGGCCCAAGGGCCCGGUGGGGCUUUGCCUGUGCCCGUCCACCAAAGGCUGUCACGUGUGUCUGAAUCAACAGCCCUCCCCUUCCCGACCCCAGGCAGCUUGUGUGUACAAUCAGCUUCUUCUAGCAACUCUAUAUCUGUUGGCUUCAAGAGAAUAUUUUGCCUCCCAUAUGUACCCCUUCUCCUUUUUUUAAAGAUGGAUUUAAACCAAGAUGCCUCCAGGAAUGAGGACGAAAUGAGUAUAUUCACAGAGGAAUCCAAAAAAUACAGUUUGGGGGAAAAUGCAAUAAUUUUUGAUGAGAUGGGUGAAGGACAAGAAACAAGUUCUGUCAAUUAUUGUAGAUAACAAUUUUCUGAUUAAAUCUGGAAAAAAAAGGCAGCCUGUUUUUUCUGCUUUUAUUGUAUUAACAGCUAAGGUAGCUAAAGUUAUUUAAAAUAAAGUUAAAUUUAUGAUCCAAGUAGCUUAUUUUUCCCUUUAAAUCUCACUGUAAAUAUACUUGAUUUCUUGUAGAAAUUGAUUUCCUCCUGUUUAAUUUUAUGGUUUUAUUAUCAUACUCUUGAUUUUUCUAAAUUUGUGUGUGAAUAUAUCAUUGAUUGAAUUGCAGUUACAUUUGGCUAGUAAGAUUUCAUUAUUUUAAUACCUGUGAUGCCAUGUAUGGAUUUACUUUGAGGUUCAAAUCAAAAUGCCACUGCCAGAAAGAGCUGUUCCAGAUGAGCUAGAGCCUACUGCCCUAGAGUGUCCCUGGGAUCAUCUAACUUGAGACAGUGCAAGGAAUUAACACCAGAAGUGCACAGGCUACUUGUACAGAGAAAAAUCAGUACUCAAAAAAAUCUUCAUUUGUUUUAGAUUGACUUUGGGGAUUUGAAUUUUCAUCAGCGCAAAUACAAAUUUCUCUAUCCUACUCUGAGGCUAACUGGUACCGUAUUUUCCCUUUGUGUCUUGUCACUUUGCCACGUCUUGUCUCAUCCUGGCCUGUGAGUCAAGGACCCAGUGAACUGCCUCUAGUUCUAGAAGUUCCACUGCAAGGCCAGGAAAGCUUGAGAAAGGUAUUGUGGAAGAAGCAAAGGUAGAUCCCCCCAUCACUCGCCUUUACCUGCACCCCGGGCCUGUGAAUGAUGACAGCAUCUGACAUCGUGCGCCAGCUACCUCUGCUUCCACAGCAGGGAAGAGACCAUAAGAACGAACAGCGGAAGAGGAGCAUGGACUCAGACACCAAGGAAGAAGCCAUUUUCCCAGGUCCUCCUUUCUGCAUCUCACCACCCCUAGUUACAAAUAACUCCAUUGACAGCAUCUACUCAGAAACUAUAUGGAAUAAAAAGAUUGCUGGAAGGGCUUACAUGGGUAGCAACUAUGAAACAGAAAUAGGACACUCAGUUACAAACAUUAUCUCUUUUAGUUUUUCAGAAAAUGCAUCCCUGAUUUCAUUCAUUCCCAGCUUGAACGCCCAGCCAUAUUACUCUAGUCCUUACCAAACUGCUCUAGGAGGUCAUUUCUGUUUUGUUUGUGAUAUUUAGAUGCGCAGACUUCAGGAAGUUCACCUUUAACUUCAGCAUUCCAGAUGAAGUUUCCUGCCUCAGUGCUUUUGCAUAAGGAACUAGUUUUUAAAAGCGGUAAGGAAAAUUGGAGAUGCUAAUAACAUCCUCCCAUCCCAACUGCACCUGAAAGUAUGCAUGUCACCUUCAAGGUUUUAUAAUUGCACUGUUUGUUUUAUGUAUGUACAGAUUAAAAUUAUUGCUACAUUUGAGGAAAAUAAAAUUGCUUGCUUCUAUGUAA